AAUAGUAUAUAAAAAAGUGGGUUGGUGAAAUUGUUUGGUAUUGCCGCUUGAGUUUGUGUGUUUCUUUACCACCUAACGUUUAGACGGAGUGAACGAGAAAAACCAAAAAAAACCAAACAAAACCCUCUUUUUCAUUCUAUAACAACAUACGAAGAAAAACACAACAAACAACAUCGUACAUCACUCUCUCGUUGUUUUUCUUCUUCUCUUCUUCAAUUCAACCAUGGCUUGUGCAAAACUCAACUCCCUCUCUUCUCAAUGGAUCGGUAAUAAUCCAUUCUCUUCUCGCCGUAGAUCUUCCUCUGUCACCUCCACUCGCUCUGUCUCUCUUCCGAUCCGCGCUUCUUCUUACUCCGAUGAACUCGUUCAAACCGCCAAAACUGUUGCGUCUCGUGGUCGUGGAAUUCUUGCGAUUGAUGAGUCUAAUGCAACUGCUGGGAAGCGUUUGGCGUCAAUUGGAUUGGAUAAUACUGAGGCUAAUCGUCAGGCUUAUAGGCAGCUUCUGUUGACCACGCCGGGACUCGGCGAAUACGUUUCCGGUUCGAUCCUUUUUGAAGAAACGCUUUAUCAGUCAACUACUGAUGGGAAGAAGUUCGUGGAUGUUCUCCGUGAAGGAAACAUUGUACCUGGCAUCAAAGUUGAUAAGGGUUUGGUUCCUCUACCAGGGUCAAACAAUGAAUCUUGGUGCCAAGGGUUGGAUGGAUUGGCUUCUCGAUCUGCCGAAUACUACAAGCAAGGUGCUCGGUUUGCUAAGUGGCGAACGGUUGUUAGCAUUCCGUCUGGUCCUUCUGCAUUGGCUAUUAAGGAAGCAGCAUGGGGACUUGCACGAUAUGCUGCUAUCUCUCAGGACAACGGUCUUGUUCCAAUAGUUGAGCCUGAGAUUCUUCUCGAUGGGGACCACCCGAUUGAGAGGACACUUGAAGUUGCCGAGAAGGUAUGGUCAGAAGUCUUCUUCUAUUUGGCCCAAAACAAUGUCCUUUUUGAGGGAAUUUUGCUCAAACCUAGCAUGGUUACGCCCGGCGCCGAGCACAAGGAAAAGGCUUCUCCCGAAACCAUUGCCAAAUAUACACUAACCAUGCUUAAAAGAAGAGUUCCUCCCGCAGUUCCAGGAAUCAUGUUUUUGUCAGGCGGACAAUCAGAAGUUGAAGCAACACUAAACCUUAACGCAAUGAACCAAAGUCCGAACCCAUGGCACGUGUCGUUCUCGUAUGCACGAGCACUGCAGAACAGUGUGCUUAAGACAUGGCAAGGUCGCCCGGAGAAUGUGGAAGCGGCUCAGAAGUCUCUUUUGGUCCGUGCCAAAGCUAACUCCUUGGCUCAGCUGGGAAGAUACUCAGCCGAAGGUGAAAAUGAAGAAGCCAAGGCGGGAAUGUUCGUCAAGGGCUAUACCUACUAGAAGUUGUCCUUGGUUGAUUUGUUUAGCAUUUCUCAUCAGUAGCAGUGAAUUUUAAGGAGAGUUUUUGUUGUAUUUUGUUUUUCCUAACAAAUGAGUUUGAAUAAAGUGAGCCAGAAAGAAGGCCUUUUCUUGGUA